AUGGAUUCCUUAUCACAAUGCCUUGGAAUUAACCAUCAAGGACGUUCAAGGAAACACCUGCAUACACAAAAAGAAAACAACCCAGUGCCUUGGAUCCAUAAAGAGCCUUACGGGAAUUUUAGGAAAGUUCAAGAUGCUAUAAAUGCUGCGGGGAGGAGAAGGUUUAAGACGAGAUUUGUUAUUCAUGUGAAGAGAGGUGUUUAUAGAGAGAAUAUUGAAGUUGGGAAGAUGAAUGAUAAUGUUAUGUUGGUUGGUGAUGGGAGUAGGAUUACGGUGAUAACGAGUAAUAGGAAUGUUAAAGCUGGAUUUACUACCUAUAGUUCUGCCACUGCAGGAAUUGAUGGUCUUCACUUCAUUGCACGCGACAUUACAUUUGAAAACACAGCAGGACCUCAUCGAGGUCAAGCAGUCGCGCUACGAUCAGCUUCUGAUCUAUCUGUCUUUUACCGUUGUUCAUUUAAAGGCUACCAAGACACUCUUAUGGUUCACGCGCAACGUCAAUUUUUCAGAGAAUGUUACAUCUAUGGAACUGUCGAUUUUAUUUUUGGUAAUGCAGCAGUAGUGUUUCAAAAUUGCAUCAUUCUUGUAAGAAGACCUCUAAACGGCCAAGCAAACAUGAUCACAGCCCAAGGUCGAGAUGAUCCAUUUCAGAACACUGGAAUUUCAAUUCAUAAUUCUCAAAUUAGAGCUGCGCCAGAUUUCAAACCCGUUGUUGGAAGAUUCAAUACCUUCUUGGGCCGACCUUGGCAAAGAUACUCUAGAGUUGUGGUUAUGAAAUCAUUCAUGGAUAAUUUGAUAAGCCCAAUGGGUUGGUCUCCAUGGGGAGGUACUAAUUUUGCUCAAAGCACUCUAUUUUAUGGAGAGUAUAAUAACAUUGGGCCGGGCUCAUCAACAAGGAAUAGAGUAAGAUGGUCGGGUUAUCAUGUUAUGAAAAGCCCAGCCCAAGCAAUACCAUUCACUGUUAAUAACCUGCUUGCUGGUGCCACGUGGUUACCUUCCACUGGUGUACCAUUCACUUCUGGCCUUUAAUUAAUUGUUGUUCUAAUUAAGGGCAUUGUUUUAAAUUGAUUCAAACUAAGUUAUCAUUUUAUUGUAAUUUGUGUGUACAAAUAACACAUUAUUCUUUUGUACAUUCCAAAAAAAUAAUCAAAUAC